AUGAUCGUCUUCCUCGUCCAGACCGUGAGCGACUGCUACGAGCGAAUCCAAGCUUGCGCGACGCUGGCUAUGGCGGAGGACGUCCAUCUCGUCAUCCAGGAGCAGCAGCCGCAGCUCUACGCUGUGUGCUUCGUGCGCAACCGGCUGAUCGAGAUGUAUGGCAGAUGCGGCAGCAGCAAGCGCGCGCGGGAGGUCUUCGAUGGCAUCGCGGCGUGGGAGAGGGACGAUUUCUCGUGGCAGCUCAUGCUUGGCGCCUACACGCGCACCGGCAGCCUCCAAGAGGCCCGGAGCUUCUUCGAUUCCAUGCCGUUUCCCUGCAAGGUGCUCUCGUCGUGGAACGCGAUGCUCGCGGCCUAUGCUCGCAGGGGGAAGAUCGACGAGGUGGAAGCGAUGCUCGAGUCAAUGCCGCAGUGGGAUCUCAUCUCUUGGAACGCACUCGUAGUUGUGUAUGCCCAAAAUGGGCAUUUUUCCAAAACCAAGCAGGCGUUUGAUCGUAUGCCGCAGAAGAACCUCGUAUCGUGGAGCACGAUUUUGGACGCUUUUGGAAAAAACGGAAACGUGAAUGACGCAAAGAUUAUAUUUGAUGAAAUGCCUCUUAGAGAUCUCAUAGCGUGGAACACAAUGCUUUCAGCAUAUGCCCAAAACGGGCAUCUGGAUAUUGCGAUUGCUGUCUACAACCAGAUGCCUCAGUGGGAUCUCAUCGCAGCCACAGCGAUCCUCGUCGUUUACUCUCACCAGAACCGGCUCAAAGACGCACAGAGAAUGUUCCAAGAGCUGCCACACAGAGAUCUCGUAGCCUGGACAGCGCUGCUGUCGGUCUACUCGCAAAACGGCCAUCUCGAGGACGCGAAGCGAGUCUUCGAUUCCAUGCCACAGAGAAACCUCAUCUCCUGGAACGCGAUGCUCUCGGCCUACGUCGAGAACGGUCACCUCGCCGAGGCCAGGAAGACCUUCGCUGACAUGCCGGAGAGGAACUUAGGCUCGUGGAACGAGCUCUUGGGCGCGCUCGCGAGGAAUGAGUUGGUGGAUCAAGCAAAGAAGCUCUUCCACCGGAUGCCGCAGCACAACGUGGUUUCGUGGAGCACUUUGAUCUCGCUUCACGCGCUCACGGGGGAUGUGGGAGAGGCCAGGCGAGCCUUUGACGGGCUCGACACAAGAGACAUUGUCACAUGGAAUGCGAUGCUCACGGCGUAUGCUCAAAACGGGCAUGUCGAGCAAGCGAAGGCCAUCUUUGACGCGAUGCCACAGCGGAACAUCGUGUCCUGGACGGCCAUGCUGACCGGAUGUGCCGUGUCUGGGCAUGUCACGAAGACGAAGAUGGUGUUUGACUCCAUGCCGGAGAAGAACUUGGUGUCCUGGACGGCUAUGGAGGACGCGUAUGCCCGGAGCGGGCAUAUCGACGAGGCCAAGCAUAUGUUCGACGAGAUGCCACAGAGGGAUAUGUUCUCGUGGAAUGUGAUGCUGGCCGCGUACAGCGAGCUCGGCGACUUGAGCCAGGCAAGAGCUUUGUUCGAGACGGUGAUGCCGCAGCAGGACCUGGUGUCGUGGACGGUGAUGCUGGCCGCGUAUGCCCAAAGCGGGUUCGUCGCUCGAGCAAAGAAGCUGUUUGAUCGCAUGCCCGAGAGGGACACGGUGCUGUGGGGAGCAAUGCUGGCGAGCUUUGUAAUCAAGGGACACUUGAGCGAGGCUCUGAAUCUGUUCGAGGAGAUGAAAGUCGGGGACGCUCGACCGGACGAUGCCUGCUUCUCGGCGGUGCUCGGCGUUUGCUGCCACCACGGGAGAGUUUACGCGAGCCGGUGCUGUUUUGUGUCGAUGCAAGUGGAUUUUGGGAUCGUUCCAGAGAAGCACCACUACAGCUCCAUGGUCGAUGCUCUUGCUCGAUCGGGCUACUUGGCUGAGGCGGAAGAACUCAUCCUUACAAUGCCUGUGGUUCCGGACGUGUUGGAGUGGACGUCGCUGCUUGGGGCUUGCAAGAGUCACAAGCAGGUGGUGCGAGGCACGAGAGCAGCUGGUGAGAUAUUAAGUUUGCUCCCAAAGUGUGGGAGCCGUCUUGGAGGGAACUGUGCUUAUGUUUUGCUUGCUAACUUGUUUGUCAUUGAUGGAGUCGAGCUGGAGGUUUACAAGGCUCUAAGGAGAAAUCAAAAUCAGGAAUUGUACAAGACUGCAACGAAGCUCUGA